AUGAAGUUCUUCAUUGAUGAUCUUCCGGUGCUGUUUCCGUACCCUCGCAUCUAUCCCGAACAAUAUGCCUACAUGUGUGAUCUCAAGAAGACCCUCGACGCAGGGGGUCACUGUGUGCUGGAAAUGCCCUCAGGAACCGGCAAGACAGUUUCGCUACUGUCAUUGAUCGUCGCCUACCAGCAGCAUUAUCCGGAGCACCGCAAGCUCAUCUACUGCUCCCGAACGAUGUCGGAGAUCGAGAAAGCUCUGGCCGAGCUGAAGGCGUUGAUGGAACACCGCGCAAAGGAACUGGGCCAUGAAGAGGAGUUCCGUGCGCUUGGUCUGACCAGUCGAAAGAACCUUUGUCUUCACCCUUCCGUGAAGCGAGAGAAAAGCGGUACGGUGGUUGACGCUCGGUGCAGAAGCUUGACCGCGGGAUUCGUCAAGGAGAAGAAAGAGCGUGGAGAAGAUGUCGACCUCUGUGUAUAUCACGAGAACCUUGACCUACUCGAACCGCAUAACCUCGUCCCCCCGGCGUCUUCACCCUCGACGGACUAUCAAGAUAUGGAGAAGAACACAAGCAGUGCCCUUACUUCUCUGCUCGGCAUGCCGUGGUGUAACAUCAUCAUCUAUUCAUACCACUAUCUGCUAGACCCGAAGAUUGCGGAGCGAGUAUCGCGAGAGCUUUCGAAAGAUUGCAUCGUGGUCUUCGACGAGGCGCAUAACAUUGAUAACGUCUGCAUCGAAUCACUGAGUAUAGAUUUGAGCGAGGACUCCCUACGAAAAGCAACUCGAGGUGCGACUAAUCUAGAACGCAAAAUCGAAGAAAUGAAGAGUUCGGAUGAGGAGAAGCUCAAAAAUGAAUAUUCAAAGCUGGUGGAAGGACUGCGAGAAGCAGAGCAAGCUCGCGAGGAAGACCAGUUCAUCUCAAACCCGGUUUUGCCUGAUGACUUGUUGAAGGAAGCUGUUCCUGGAAACAUCCGUCGAGCCGAGCAUUUCGUCUCUUUCUUGAAACGGUUUAUUGAAUACCUCAAGACUCGGAUGAAGGUCACUCAUACCAUAUCCGAAACACCCCCUUCAUUUUUAACUCACCUGAAAGAUCUGACAUAUAUCGAGCGGAAACCUUUAAGAUUCUGCGCUGAGCGUCUAACGUCACUUGUGCGAACACUGGAGCUGGUCAACAUUGAGGAUUACCAACCCCUGCAAGAAGUGGCUACCUUUGCAACUCUUGUCGCAACUUACGACAAAGGGUUCGUUCUCAUCCUUGAGCCAUUUGAAUCAGAAGCAGCCACUGUACCAAACCCAAUCCUACACUUCACUUGCCUGGAUGCCGCUAUUGCUAUCAAACCUGUAUUCGACCGCUUCAGCUCCGUGAUCAUUACUUCGGGAACUUUGUCACCCCUGGAAAUGUAUCCAAAGAUGCUUGGCUUCACUGCCGUUAUGCAGGAGUCAUACAGCAUGACACUCGCGCGACGAUCAUUCCUGCCUAUGAUCGUCACCCGAGGUUCAGAUCAAGCACAAGUCUCAUCUUCCUUUGGAAUCCGUAAUGACCCUGGUGUUGUGCGGAACUAUGGAAGUCUAGUCACUGAAUUUUCUCGCAUUACACCGGAUGGUGUCGUGGUCUUCUUCCCGUCUUAUCUCUACAUGGAAUCCAUUAUCAGUAUGUGGCAAGGAAUGGGCAUUUUGGAUCAGAUCUGGAACUAUAAAUUGAUUCUCGUCGAAACACCCGAUGCACAGGAAUCUUCACUUGCUUUGGAGACGUACCGAACAGCGUGCUGUAACGGACGUGGUGCGAUCUUGUUUUGUGUCGCUCGAGGCAAGGUUUCCGAAGGUAUCGAUUUCGACCAUCACUAUGGCCGUGCAGUGCUUUGCAUUGGUGUUCCUUUCCAAUACACUGAAUCUCGAAUCCUGAAAGCCCGUCUCGAGUUUCUGCGUGAGAACUACCGCAUCAAAGAGAACGACUUCUUGUCUUUCGAUGCGAUUCGACACGCUGCUCAAUGUCUGGGUCGUGUCCUGCGCGGCAAGGAUGACUACGGAGUCAUGGUGUUGGCAGAUCGCCGGUUCGAGCGAAAACGUCCACAACUCCCCAAAUGGAUCAAUCAGGCAAUGCUGGACAGUGAGACAAAUCUCAGCACAGAUAUGGCCGUCUCAAACGCCAAGAACUUCUUACGGACCAUGGCCCAGCCUUUCAAAUCCAAGGAUCAGGAAGGUAUUUCCACUUGGGGCUUGGCUGAUAUUGAACGCCACGAGGCCAAGCGGAAGACCGAGGAAGAGCGAAUGAUGAGAGAGGAAAUCAACAAUGGACACAUGGAGGGUCUCGUCCCGUCUGCAUCUCGGAUUGUGGAGGACGAAUUCGAUGAUGACAUUGACGAAGACCUCAUGAUGAUGGAUGCCCAAUAA